AUGUUUUCUACUUUCGGUGGCUGCAUGUGGCUUCUAGUCUGGCUGGCAGGACUAGUGUCCGCUGCAAAUAAGGAGAAACCACCAGUUUUCAGGCGCGGAGGCUCUAACUUUAUCAUGGAAGAUCUAAUCACCAGUUGCGACCACACUUAUGUGGAGUAUUUCCGUAAAGUUCCCAACUCGUAUAACCUUUACACAUUCCGAGUUGUCAAACUGGCAUCCAGGUUCACCAUCGAUGUGGCUGUUAGGGUUUUGAAAACCAAACGCGUUAUGUACAAAGUGGACAACUUGGAUGGCUGCUACUUCCUCACCAAUCCCCUCAUGAAUCGCGUUUUUGGUUCUGUGUACAAGAGACUGAUUGUGAAUGGAAGUUUUUUUACCUGCCCGAUAAAGCCGGCUGUAUAUUACCUCAGGAACGAGGGCUCUGUGGAAAUGUUGCCCACUUUUCAUCCACCUGGCAAGUACCAGGUCACCAUGCGGGUCAAAAUGCACGAAAGUCCAGGACCAUUUGUAAUGGAAAUGCUGUGGAUUUAUAAUGUGGUUAAAAUUAAAUAA